AUUGUUUAAGUGAAAAAUGAAAAAUGUUACGGGGACGCUGGUUUUAUCCAUCUUUGGCGCUAUCCUGGGCAUGUUCUACUUCGGGUACAAUACCGGGGUAAUCAAUGCUCCGGAGGACUCCAUCAAACAGUUCAUCAUUGAUACUCAUAAGUCCCACUACAACGUAACAUUAACCAAUGAUGGACGGGACGCUAUUUACACCCUCAUAGUCUCAAUGUUCGUUGUCGGCGGUAUGGUUGGUGCCAUGAUCGGCGGGACAAUCGCCGACAAGCUCGGUAGAAAAAGAGGACUUAUUCUCAGCCAGGUUAUGGGGCUUCUAGGAGGGAUCAUUACAGCUAUAUCUAAACCUCUCUUCUCAUGGGAGGUUCUUUUAGUCGGCAGGUUACUUGUUGGAUUUACUGCUGGUUUAAAUACCGUUGUUGCACCCCUUUACCUGAGCGAGAUAGCUCCGGUCAACCUGAGGGGUGGUAUUGGUGUACUAAAUCAACUAGCAGUAACAUCAGGGAUAUUUUUAUCUCAGAUUUUAGGAUUAUCUGAAAUUCUUGGUAAUGAGGCGGGAUGGGCGUGGUUGCUGGCGAUUACCGCCUUUCCCCCCGCCCUUCAGCUGAUCCUCCUAAUGUUCUGCCCUAGAUCUCCCAGAUAUGUGUACAUCAGUUUAGAGCAGGAGGAUGAGGCGAGGACAGAGCUGUAUAAGCUCAGGAAGGAUGACGAUGUUGUCAACAGUGAGAUUAGAGAGAUGUUUGAAGAAAAACAGGCUGAGAAGGAGCCAGAUAUGAAUCUGUGGGAUAUUAUCAAAUCAAGCAAGCUCAGGGUCGCGUUAACUAUUGGCAUUGUCAUGCAUCUUUCUCAACAGCUUUCAGGAAUUGUUGCGAUAUUCUACUAUGUUGUUACGUUCUUCACUGAUGCUGGCAUAGAAACUAACCAAGCUAAAGUGAGUUAAUUUUAGUCCACAACCAUUACUUGAU